AUGGACAAUGUUUGGAGCAGUCCGAGGCGACGAACCCCUCGAAAAUUAUUUUCUCCUGAACCAGAUGGGGUUAGAGUAAGAUUGUUUUAUUAGUUUAGUUUUUAAAGUUGUGAGUUUUGAUGUAAAAUUAAGCUUUGUCUUAGUUUUGAGCUAAUAAUAGGUAUUAUGAACAAAGUUUUGAUGUUUUUAGACCCCAUAGUUCUCUAGAGAACUUAUUCUUCUAAAAUCCGCAAUACAAAAAGAUCGUAAUUUAAGGAAUUUACAUUGAUUUAGUUUAAAAUUUAGGUUUUUAUCAAAAAAUCAAGAUUUUACUUUGUUUUUGGCAGAAGGCUUCAUGUUAUAAUCAGUUUUUAUGUUUUAGACUCCCAACUCACUUCUAAAGCUAACUCCAAAGAAGUCAAAACUAUCACAGGUUGUAAAGGUAAAUUUUUUACUUGUUUUUAUUUUAAAUUUAGCUUUUUGAACAAAGAACUAACUACUUCUAUAAUUUUUCACCAAACCUGAUGCAUGUUCAAUAUUCUUUAUGUUUCCAGUCUCCAAACUCACGUAAAAAGCUAACACCAAAGAGAUCAACGACAAAGAGGGUGAAAUCUUUUGCACAAAGGCUAUUUGGGUUGAGUCCGAAGAAAAAGGAAGCCACAUCAACCUCUAAAAUAUCAAGGAGCAUCAGAUCUCAAACAGAUUCGCCUAAAACAAGGAAAAAGCCGUGGAGAUACGAACAGAGCUUGAUAUUAGAGGUAGGUUGAGUUUUUUAGUUGGUUUUUGAAGUUUAGGUUUAGCUCAACGAUGGAAAGGAUUGUUUUAGAAAAAAAUAUUGUUUUAGACCGCGAACAAUCUACAAUAAUAUUUUUUUGGACUUUAAAGUUGGUUUCAAAUAAGAAAAUAGCUUUCUUUGGCAACGACAAGGUUUUCUUAUUCUAGAAUUCUAGUUUUCAAGCUUGAAAGCUUAUUUUUUUCAUUCUAAAAUCAUAUUUUUUAGAAAGCACUAUGCACAUUUUAUCCAAAAACACCGUUAGACUGGGAAAACGUGGCCAAAACCUUGGACAACAAGUUUACUGUUGAAGAAUGUCAAGCUAGAGCUGAAUCUCACUUCCAUUACAAGAUUAAAGAAGAUACUCCAGCUGAUUUGAGUCGAUUGUGGGAGCUAGAACAAAAAGUUCAGAGCUGUAAGCCAGGAACGUUGAAACGAGUAAUGGCAAAGGCGGAAACGACAGAAUACUUGAGCAGAUAUGUUAACCAAGCUCAUAAAAAGGUGUUCGAAGUUAGUUCGAGUGAAGACGAGACUUUUCUUCAACAGGUAGGGCCUUUUUUGAUGUUUUAAGGUUAAGGUACAACUUUUUUCUUUUCAUAACUCACAAUCAGUUGGAGACUUUUUAAUGAAAAUUACGUUUAUUGUUACCUAAACAACAAUAUUAAGGUCAGAAAUUGUUGUUUAGGUAACAAUAUUAUAUUUUUUAUUCGGAAAGUCAUUUUAUAUUUAAAAAAUAUUGUUUUAGAGCUUAAUCUAUACCUUUUCAGGACGUAAUUGACGCUGUAAAAUGUGUCAAAGAACCAAUUUCGGAUUAUCUAGUUAGAACACCAUCCAGGCGCCGAUAUGUUCCAACUCCAUAUCGUAGAGAGUCUGAUAGUGAUACUAAUAAGGACGACGACUUUGCUGUCCCAGAUUGGUAGGUUUUACUGGAUUUUGAGAGUUUUAAGUAACAAAAAUAUUUUUUUGCGUUUUUAAAGGUAGGUUGGAUUUUAAGGAUUUUUUUGAUAUUUUAGGUAACAGUUUGACGAUUUUUACAGCUUAGGUAACAAAAUAACUUAAUUUUGGUAUUUUAGGUAACAAAGUAACUUAAUUUUUGUAUUUUAGGUAACAAAAUUGAUUUUUUUGUGAAAUUUAGGUAAAAUUUCUUGGCAUUUUUUAGUUUAGCUGGUCUUUUUAGCUUAUUUUCUAAAUUUUAGGUAACAUUUUGAAAAUUUAAAAAAACAUUUUAUAAAUUUUACAAAAAUUAAAAAAAACAUGCAAAAACUAUCCUUACAACCUCAAAAAUUCUGUUAAAAAUGCCAUUUUCAGGUCAAAUCGCCCAAAAAUCAUCCACGCCCUGAACAACUACACAAAAACCAAAAGACCCAAGCCAGUACCUCAGAAAGAAGCUGAAGACGACCUCAUGGACGAAACCCGAUACUCAUUAUAA